AUGUCUUCUUCAAUUGGAUCAGCAGUCAGACAUGCAAUGGCUCAUGUCACCGACAAUGCAAAGAUAAAAGAUCUCAAAAGAGAUCAUGUAAACAUCUCGAGCUCUUCGGGAUUGACGACUGACUUCGGUUCCAAAAUAUCCGACACCGACAACUGGUUGUCCGUUCAGGGCGAGAAUGGUACCCAGGGGCCAUUUUUACUCGAGGACCAUAUUGCGAGAGAAAAAAUCCACCGGUUUGAUCAUGAACGUAUACCUGAACGCGUAGUGCAUGCACGCGGAGCUGGUGCUCAUGGGCACUUCCGAGUUUACGACAAUACUGCUUCGAAAUGGACGUUUGCACCCGUCCUGACCGACCCAAGUCGCACUACCCCCAUAUUUAUUCGAUUCAGUACCGUCCAAGGUUCGCGUGGCAGCGCGGACACCGUUCGUGAUGUUCGUGGUUUCGCGAUGAAGUUCUACACCGAUGAAGGAAAUUGGGAUCUUGUGGGAAACGACAUCCCUGUUUUCUUCAUCCAAAAUGCAAUCAAAUUUCCAGACUUCGUCCACGCUGUAAAGCCUGAGCCACAUAACGAAGUUCCUCAGGGACAAACUGCCCAUAAUAACUUUUGGGAUUUUGUUGGCCUUCAACCAGAAUCGGCUCAUAUGGUAAUGUGGGCCAUGUCAGACAGAGGUAUCCCACGUUCCUACAGAAUGAUGCAAGGUUUUGGCGUCAACACUUUCACCCUCAUCAAUGCGGAAGGAAAGCGAGUUUUCGUUAAAUUUAUCAUGACCCCUCAGCUUGGAGUGCAUAGUUUGAUGUGGGAUGAGGCAUUGAAACUUGCUGGUCAGGAUCCCGACUUCCAUCGCAAGGACCUUCAAGAGGCUAUUGAAAAUGGUUGCUAUCCUAAAUGGACUUUCGGAAUUCAAGUUAUCGAAGAAAAGGAUGAACACUCAUUCGAUUUUGAUAUUCUUGAUGCUACUAAAGUAUGGCCUGAGUAUCUCGUCCCCAUUCAUCAGAUUGGUGAAUUUACUCUCGACCGGGUGGUUGACGAAUAUUUCUCGGAAGUCGAACAAGUUGCCUUCUGUACUAGCCACGUAGUGCCUGGUAUCGGUUUUAGUGACGAUCCUCUGUUACAAGGUCGGAACUUCUCCUAUUUCGACACCCAAAUUACUAGGCUUGGUAUAAACUGGGAACAGAUUCCGAUAAAUCGUCCUGUCUGUCCCGUCAUGAAUCACCACCGUGACGGUGCUCGUCAACAUCGUAUUAACCCGGGAUCUAUCAAUUACUUCCCUAAUCGUGACAAUGUCGGGCACCCGGUACCUCCUUCGCAUGGAGGUUAUAUUGAACAUGCACAAAAGGUUGAAGGUAUCAAGCGUCGAAUCAGAACGCCCAAAUUCCAAGAGCACUUCAGUCAAGCCCAACUUUUUUACAAUUCUCUCAGCCAACACGAGAAGAACCACGUCAUCGCAGCGUUCUCAUUUGAAUUGAGCCAUUGUGACGAUCAACGUGUUUAUGAUGGUUAUAUCAAUGUUUUGAACAACAUCGAUUUCGACCUUGCAGUCACUGUGGCCAAGAACGUGAAUGGUCCUGUACCCGACAAACCAGUCCGCAUCAAUCAUGGACAUAAAGAUCAAACGUUGUCUCAGCUUUAUUACGCACCUAAGACGCCUACCAUUGCUUCCAGAAGAAUCGCUGUGCUUAUCACUGACGGUUUUAAUCUUACCGAAGUCGAAGGAGUUCGCGCUGCGCUGGCGAGUGCCAAAGCUACAACAUGGAUCAUUGGCCCUCGACGUGCCAAAAUUCAUUCCGAGGGUGGACAUAUCAUCUCGGGGUCAGGAAUUGUUGCAGAUCAUCAUUUCGAAGGACAACGGUCGACGAUGUUUGACGCAAUUUACAUACCCUCUGGAUCGGAGCAUGCAAAAAACCUUGCGAGUAAUGGACGUGCGGUGCAUUGGAUUCGCGAAGCGUUCGGUCACUGCAAGGCUAUUGGUGCAAUUGGUGAUGCUGUUGACGUCGUCAAGCAAGCUCUCAACCUUCCUGAAGUUAACUUUGCCAACUCUGGAGUAGACGACGUUGUAUCCUCAUAUGGAGUCGUGACGACUGGAAAAUACGACGUCAGCUCUGCGGUUGUCGAUGCAUUGGAGAUAGCUCCUAGUCCUAAGGGCUUUGUGUCAAACUUUGCCUACCAAAUCAGCAAGCAUCGCUGCUACGAGCGUGAGAUGGACGGCCUUACGAGCCGAGUGGCAUAUUGA